AUGGUUCACGUUCAAUUCAAUACCGCUCUUCUGGAGACGGUGCGAGAUAAAGUUGUUGUCCUGACAGGUGGGGCGACGGGCAUAGGCCGAGAAACAGUCAAGAUAUUCCACAAAAAUGGUGCCAAAGUUGUCUUUGGCGAUGUCGCCGAUGGGCCUGCUACUCAACUCACGGCCGAGCUGGCCUCGGAGAAUGUCACAUAUGUCAGAUGCGAUAUAACAUCAUACGCAGACCAGCUUCAACUCUUUGCAAAAGCAAAAGAUUUGUAUGGGGGGAUAGAUGUGGUAGUCGCAAAUGCCGGGAUGUCCAUAACAAAUGAUCCAUUCUCUCCAGAUGCGGACAUAACCAAAGAGCCGCCAACGAAAGAGAUAGACGUAAAUCUAAAAGGAGCAUUUUUCACAGCCAGAAUUGGCAUGUCAUAUCUCCGUCAGAACGGGGGAGGCGAUCUGGUCCUCACCAGCAGUAUUGCGGGUUUCAAGGAAUGUACGGGCUUGACCUUAUACACUGCCACUAAGCAUGGGGUUAUUGGGAUAAUGCGUGGACUCCAUCUAGCAGCAAUCAAAGAAGAUAUACGUGUCAAUGUGAUCUGCCCCUGGAUGACAAGGACGGCAAUGGUCAAAGAAAUAGAGACUGGAUGGGACGAGUUGAAGCUUCCAGCAAACGACCCGGAAGAUGUCGGCAUGGCUGUAGUAAUGUGCGCCACUGCAAACAGAGGGAAUGGUACGACGCACAAGGGCGCUGCGGCCCCGUUCGCUGGAAAGAUUAUCUUCGUAGCGGGUGGGCAGCCAUAUGAAAUAGAAGAUGCGAUCCAGAGCCUGGAGCCACAGUGGUUGGGAGUCGAGAACAGCAAAGUACUUGAAGUUGGUCAGGCAUAUUUGAUGCGUCCCGGGACGUCUUGGGCUGCGCCUAAGAAUUGA